AUGGCACCUACCGCCGCAGUCAGCGUGUCUUCGGAGGUCACAUCCUCCGCAUACUGCUCCAACCUUUGCUCGACCCUUUCUCUCAGCACCGAAUACAACACCAAUGUUAUCUCUUGCAAUGCCAUUCCCUCCAACCAGUCGACACCUCUACCCGCUGGCCAGGCUACCGCUCAGUGCGGUACCACCUUCACCCCUAAGGUUGAUAUUUGCCGUGUCACCCUCAGCAUCACCACUAGCGGCUCAUCGUCCACAUACAUGGAGGUCUGGCUCCCCAACAACGGCACUGAGGCAUGGAACGGCCGCACCUUGAGCACCGACAAUGGAGGUGCCAACGGAUGUGUCCAUUACGUCGACAUGAGUUACGUGACCAGCCUUGGGUUCGCCGCGAUCGGUGACAACGGUGGGCACAACGGCUCCGCGUUCGACGGUGGAUGGAUGUACUUCGAGAACGAGGAGAUCCUCGACUGGGUCUACCGCGCACGCCACGCCUCUGUUGAGGCCGGCAAGCAAGUCACCGAUCAGUUCUACGGCCAGAAACACAGCUACUCUUACUACAUGGGCUGCUCUACCGGUGGUCAACAAGGUCUUCACUCUGCUCAGUACUACCCUAACGACUUCGACGGUAUUAUCGCCGGUUCUGCUGCUGCUGACUUCAACCAUCUCCAGGCGUGGUCUGGUCGCUUCGUUCAGCUCACUGGCCAGAACAGCUCCGACCCUCGCUUCUUGACUUCCGACCAGUGGAUCUUCGUGCAAAGCUACAUCUUCGCCCAGUGUGACGAGGCUCUUGAUGGUGUCAACGACGGUAUCCUCGAGGACCCUACGAUCUGCGACUUCGACGUCUCUGCCAUUCCAAUCUGCGCCAGCGGCUCCACCACCAACUGCUUGACUGCUGACCAGGUUAGCACCGUCUACCAGGUCUUCACCGAGCUUUACAACGAUGCCGGAGAGCUCCUCUACCCAUCCCUCCUCUACGGAUCCCAGGUCGAUGCUUUCCGUCUUGGCCAGCUCUCCGGCUCUGUCCAGGGUAUCUCCAAGUCCUGGUACGGCGGUGGAGUCUGGAACAACAGCUACUACGAUGCCCUCAACAUGAACCAGACCGACUACGCUCAGGCCGAUGCUGAGGACGAGCUUCACGGCCACGUUUCUGGCUUCAGCGGCGACCUCAGCGCUUUCAAAAACGCGGGCAAGAAGAUGAUCAUGUACCACGGUAUGGCUGAUCCUCUCGUCUCUGGUGGUAACAGCCAGCGCUACUACCUCAAGGUCGCCAAGCAGCUUGGACUUGACAACAACGGCAUGGAUGCUUUCCUCCGCUACUUCCGUAUCUCCGGUAUGGCUCAUUGCGGUGUCGGCGGUAUUUCUGGUGCCGGUGCAUGGAUGUUCGGCCAGAGCGGCCUCGCUGCUGUGCCAGGUGUCUCCGGCAACGUCGUCUGGGAUCUCGUUGACUGGGUCGAGAGCAACAACGCCCCUGAGACCAUCACCGGUACCAAGUUCUGGUGGGACCAGGCCAACCUAGGUAUUGAGUUCCAGCGUGCCCACUGCCGCUUCCCAUACAGGACUACCUACAACGGUAACGGCGAUUCCACCGACCCAUCGAAUUGGAGCUGCAAGUUCAUUGAUGACUGGCAGCAGUGUGCUGUUGGUGCUCACCCGCGUCUCUGCAACGUGGACGGCAGCUUCAAUUAG